UUGGUGGAAUGGUAGCUUGUGUUAUCUCAUAUCAUGUAUAUCUAAUGAUUGUGUAUAAUAGGUUAGAGUUAGUUAGUUGGUUGGUGGCCUGCAACGGAGACAGUUGGGGUUGACCUGUUCUAUGUUCGUGUAAUUAUUAAUUUGUUCAAAUAAAAGUAUUCAAAUCUUUUCGUUGUGCGUUAUUUAACAUAAAUAGUUAACACUUGGUACUGUGAGUGAAUUUGAUUUACUUAAGUGUUUCGAAUUAUAAGUGCAAGCAGCUAAAUAAUCAAGUUUUAUUCUCAGUGACGCAAACGAAUACUACAAUAACAGCCGGAAAAACAUGCAUAUAAUAGUUACUGUAAUAAACAUACUACAUUUUUGUCUUUAUAAGUUAACAUUGAAUACAAAAUAGAAAGUUAGUAGUGUCAAGUUAAGACUCAGUCAACACGCAAGUUUGUUUCGCUUACCUACGAGACAAAAUGAACUCUUUUGGACAUCUUUUAUAUUAUUUGUGUAUUCCUUUAAGUCAGGUAAAAAAUGCGAAUGGGAUUUGUCUGUUCAGUAUAGUGAUCAUCGGGUUAUCGACGAGGAGCUAUUAAAAUUUCUAAACAAAUACAAAUCUUCAGACCUAGUGGUAUUCGACGCCAACGAUGUAAAAUCUUUAUCUUCGGGCUGCACAACAAACUUAAAAAAAUGCCGGGCACGUAGAAUGGUAGCAUUCAAAAAAUACGAAAAGAAAAUCAGGACGGUCGAAUGCACAAACGCCGUGUUUGUCAGGUACAUUUUAGAUCACUUGGGCAAGUCGUUGAAACACUACAGAAACGUCGCCAGCUAUAAACAAGUCGUACUCCGGCAGUACGUUAAAUGCUUGGCCAGAAUGCUGUCGGUCAUGUAUAUGGCAAAAACGUUGACAUACCCAUGGCUAUUGGCCGUGUACGUUCGGCUGUUUGCCGUGACCAAGACGAGUUACGAAGAAACGGAGAAAAAUGAUAUUUUGUACAAACUAUACGGUGAUCGACAACUGUCCAGCGGCUUGUCGAAAUUCAUCGACAAAUGCCGGAAGUCCGGUUACUUGCAAACGGAACACGACAACAGCUUACCGUUGUCAGAAUCGAGAAACCAAAAAACCUAUUCCCUCCUAUACGAGCUCUACUGCAACGAUGACAACGCCCCCGUUUACCAAUUCGCUGACCAUUUUGAUCCACAGAAAAUCGCCUUGUCCGAUUUGUUCGAUCAAUUUGGCCAGGUUCUCUUUGAAAAUUUGCCCGGCGACCGUAACAGGUGGAACGAGACGAUCGACCGUUUUGCCGUGGCCGAAAACCGAAUAAGCAAAGCGUACAUUACAUACUCGUGGGUUCGCGAUCCGUUCCAGUACAUGGAAUAUCAUAUUAUUUUCGCGGACUUGUUGUACACAAAAUUUGUUUACCUCAUCUGGCAUCAUUUCAAAACGUGUCAGACGUUACCGAACGGCGGUUCCCGUAGCUAUAAAUGCUUGAAUCUCCUCGACAAUUUCAAAACAAUAGCCAAAGCCUUGGACGCGAGCCACAAGUUCACAUUGUCUCUGUUCGCGUUCCUGGGGACUUGUAAGAAAAUUUCGAAAAAAACCCUAGACGUUCUGGAAGGGGAGGUUAAAGAAGAACUAGUCAAUCGCCUAACAGGUCUGGCGGGCGGCAACGAUUGGGACGACGUUUUAAACAACGUGCCGAUUGUCCAUAUUAACCAUACAGCGGAUAACAUAUUACAAUAUCAUCAGAUGUUAAAAAAUUUAAACGACUUCGAAAAUCUUAUAGGCCUCAUAAAGUUGACAUUAAACCCGUUCAGCUUGUAUUUCAUUACGUUUAUUUCACAAUUUACACAACUAGAAACAAUUGAAACAGAUUCAGUACAGCCACGGCAGCGGGACAGUAGUGACCAUCUUUGCACUGAAUAUGGAAGCAGCAAAACGUCGGCUAGCAACAAUUGACACGGGUAUAUCUGGAAGUCAUCCAAGUGAUAAAAAAAAUUCGUCUUCCUCUCCAAAAUCCUCCUUACCAAAUGAUGGUUAAAUUAUCUUAAAAUGGCCAAGACUUUUUCACAUGUAAAUGUUAAGUGGAAAACUGAAGUUUCUUUAGGUUUAUUUCGGGGUUGCCUCGUUUGUUUUUCUCAUUUUCAUUAAAAUAGUUUUCAACGAGAGCUGACUCUCUUAAGCUCUUUAAAAAAGUUUAAAAAUAACGGCUUUAUUCGCCAACAACGACACCACUUUUUUAAUCCUACAUUUUGUUGUUGUAGGCUUGUCAUACACG